CUGCUCAGUUUUUGCACUUUGGGUGGACUAGUGUGUGUUUUAUCUUCUCUGACAUGCAGUGCACUGAAACGGGAUUUGGGAAGACGUGCUUUCAACUGGUCGUCUGUUGGAUUUCAAGGACAAAUCCCACAAUUAUAGAUUUCGAACGGAGAAAAUUCACCUUGGAGGACAAAUAAAACCAGUGUCAAGAUCAAAUCGUAGUCAGAGAUUUCACUCAUUAAAUAAUUUUUUUUUUUAAAAAAAGGGCGGAUAAAAAGAGGGUGAAUUGUUGAAUUUGGUCAUUAGGAUGGGGCGUGUAACUGCUGACGCGUUGGAGAAGCAUUCCCGUCGGUCUUGUGCUGGAGAUUUGGAGCGUAAAAGCGUUUUGUGAAUGAUUUCUUGAAGACUGGAGCAUUUCUGCCUGACUUCUCGCAUGGAGCUGCCUAGAUAACAGUUAGCCGGCUAGUUAACUAGCUUGCAGUGCUAACUGUUCGACUCUUGGAUGAUUUAAAGGAGGUUUUAGUGAGUUGUUUGGCUCAACCCUGUUUGAAUGAAUACCGAGCUACUGUAACACUGUAACUGUUCAGUAAAUGUAACGCGCCUGGAGACAAGGUGAUACUUUGUUUACAGACGCGAGAUACAUUUGUUUUUCAACAACAAUCCACAACAAAUAACACUGUUACAGCUGAAACAACUUCUCUGGACUGUGUGGGUUUUUUUUUUUUUUUUUUUUUUUUUUUUUUUUUUUUAAAAACAAUGGGUUCAUUAAAAGCCCUCCAGGAGUGGUGUCGAGUGCAGUGUGAGGGAUAUAAUGAUGUGGACAUUAAGAACAUGUCAGCGUCCUUCAGAGAUGGACUGGCUUUCUGUGCUAUAAUACACAAACACAGGCCUGAUUUAAUAGACUUCGACUCCCUCUCCAAAGAAAAUGUCUACGAGAACAACCGGCUGGCGUUUGAGGUGGCAGAGUCAGAGCUGGGUAUUCCGGCCCUGUUGGAUGCAGAUGAUAUGGUGUCCAUGAAGGUGCCUGACCGUCUGAGCAUCAUCACCUACGUCUCACAGUACUACAACAACUUCACCAACAAAUCUCACGCUAAUCCUCCCUGUAUGAAGAGACCGGGUAGUUCAGGUCAUAUUGAACCAGCAAUAAAGAAACUGCCCACACCCCUAGAAGACAAAACCGAAACAUCUGAGAAUGCCGACAGCCAAUCAAAAUGCAGCAAUCUGAGCAGUACGUGUGCAGCCUGUGAGAAACAUGUUCAUCUGGUGCAGAGGUUCCUUGUCGAUGGCAAACUCUACCACCGCAACUGUUUCAGGUGUAUGGAAUGUAGCAGCACUUUAUUGCCUGGCUCUUACAAACUCGUGGGAGAUGCCGGAUCACUGGUCUGCAAACACCACUUCACCAGGAGAUCCUCAAACAGCCAGAAUGGUCGUCCAGAUCUGAGCAAGCAGCUUAGCCCAGUAUCGUCGAACGCCAGCCCUGAAUCCCCUCCAAGUGGGGGAAGUUUGGAAAAAGCACUGCCAGAUCAUUCAGAUGCCAAUGAACACAUCACUCCAUCUGAAAACUCACCAAAAACACACUCUCUUGAGAGAGAGGUCAGGCAGAAUGAAAAAGGAGGGGAGGAGAUAAGAGAGGAAUUUGAGGAUAGUGCAAAAGAGCAGAUAGAACCCUGCCCUCCCAGUCCGCCAAAUCCAUUUGAUGAAUCUGAUGAAGAGGAACCAAAGGAGGAAGAUCCGCCACAGCCAGCUACAGAAGUCACUAAUGGCGUCCUUCCUCUGACCCCAGUAAGGACCACCGCAGGAGAGAAUCGACCAAUACCUGCCCCUAGAAAAGCAUCUGACCCCUCCCCUAGUGCUCGUCCUGUGCCCAAGCCACGCCCACCAAGACCCUUGCAGAGUCCAGCAGUCAAUGAAAAUGAAGGUGAUCGCAGACCAGUUCCACGUGAAAGAUCCCGGUCACCUGCAAGCUUCAUUCAAUCCAGUGAUGCUGCCAAACCCAAAGACCCUCCCUGGCUGGCUCUUGUCAAACAAGAGUCCAAGAAAAAGUUUGCUCCUCCUCCUCCCAGACCUGUAGCCACUCCUCCACACUCUGCGUCCACUCCUGCCAAGAUUGAGACGGAAACCCGUCCAGCCACGCCCCCUAAUCCUUUUGAGGAUGAAAACAAUGAGGAGGCAGAAGCUGAAUCCGUAGAGGCACCAGUCCCGUCUUCUGUGGUUGCAGUCCAUCCGUGGUACGGGAUUUCCCAGACUCCUGAGGUCACCUCUGAGAGCCCCACCCUCUCCGAGUGUCCAGGAAGUGGCAAGAGCAAAAAACGGCCAGCGCCCAGAGCCCCAAAAUCUAACCCUACAGCUCUUCCUCCAUCUCAGUCUUCCUCUGCCUGUCCCUCUCCAGCUCUGAGCACCGAGAGUCUCUCCUCCUCUUCAUCAGACCACGGCUUCCCCCGAACCGCUGCCACCACCGCUGUUUCCCAACAGCCGUCCAUUACCGAACAGGAACAUUCGUUCACCAAAAGCGUGUCAGAACCGUCAAUCAACAGUCCUGGCCCCUCCCCUUCAGCUCUUUCAUCUGAACCCAAGUCGCAUCUCUCACCUAGUCCCUCCCCCUCGCAGCCCCACAGUAAUACUUGCUCCGCGCCCGCCACUCCAGAGUCAAACAGAAGUGCAGGAAGCAAGGCGCUGAGACCGCCCCCUCCUCGCCCACCAGCUGCUCCGAGUCCUCUGAUCAGCUCUCCCUCCUCACAGCAAAACACACCCAAUAAGCGGGUAAAUCCUUUUAAUCGGAAGGCCUCCCAAACAGUCACCUCCCCACAGUCCAGACCCCCCAAAGGCCCUCGACCCGCUCGCCCUCCUGCCCCCGGACAUGGCUUCCCUCUCAUCAAACGCAAGGUGCAGUCAGAUCAAUACAUCCCUGUUGAGGACAUCCACGUCGCGAUGGGGACACUUGAGAGGCAGCUGGACGAGCUGGAACAGAGAGGAGUGGAGCUGGAGCAGAGACUCCGAGACUGCUCUAAUGAGGAAGAGGAGGAGCAGAUGCUGGUGGACUGGUUCACUCUGAUUCAUGAGAAACAUCUACUGGUACGCCGAGAGGCAGAGCUGGUGUACACGGUGAAGCAGCAGCAUCUGGAAGAAAGGCAAGCCGACGUGGAAUACGAGCUUAGGUGUCUCCUCAACAAACCAGAGAAAGAGUGGAAUGAUGAAGAUCGAGACCGGGAGAAGCAGCUGAUGGACGAGUUGGUGACGAUCAUCGAGCAGAGGAACCAGAUCAUCAACAGCAUGGAUCAGGAAAGACAGAAGGAAGAGGAGGAGGACAAGCUAGUGGCUGCCAUGUUGAAGAAAAAAGAGUUCCAUGGCGAGAGUGAACACAGGAAGAAGCCUGGGAAGUUUAAACCCAUGAAGGUUUUGAAAAGGCUGAGCAAUAAAGGCGACAUGGCAAAGAGCCCGAGUCCACGGAAAGAGAAGAGCUGAGCAUGAUGCAUAAAUGGACAUUUAAAGAUAAGAGCCUUUCAUCUCGAACUCUGCAAAUUGGCUGUGUAAAAACUGACACCCUGAACACAGCCAGUUCUCAUUAUAACUUUGUGCAUCCAGUGCAGUGUCAUUAAUUAAUGAGCAACACAAGCCUAAUAAUGCCUUUUACCCCAUACCUUUUAAUUAGUAAAUACAAAAAACAAUAGUAACUUAACCUAUACAAUUAAUCAGCCAAGACAUGUUUGAUUUCUGCCAUUUACAUGCACUGGAGCAUGUGUUUGGUGGUCUGGGAAAAACCUUCUCAUAGUGAAAAUUAACAUUUUCUGCUGUAUGUAGUUUUGAAAACUCGAGGUAACUAGAUAUUGAAAUAUGUUUUUGUUUUGCAUGUAUCUGAACCACAGGUAGUUAUAGCAAUUAAAUUAGCUGACAUGCGACAAGUUCUCCCAAACUACCGCACUGAACUAUUGCUUUACAAUUGGAACAUUAAGUCUUUUUGUUGAGAAGCAAAAAUGCAAGAAUGGAAAAAAAAAUUAAGCAAGAAUGGUUGUAAUCAGGAAGAGGUGUAAAGUUUUGUUUGCUCAUUCAUGCAUUUUAGGUACUUAACUAAUCUCUUAGUGUGUUAGGGUGCUGUGUAAAGUAUACUCAUGCAUUUAGGAUGUCUACCUAGAUUUUAAAUAAAUAAAUGGUAAAAAAAAAAGAGAAAAAGUAUUCGGGUUGGGGAAUAGGUGGACGAGCAGAACCUGCAGGCUUGUAAACUUGUACGAUGGUGCUUGAAAGUUUGUGAACCCUUUAUGUUUUCCAUAUUUCUGCAUAAAUGACCUAAAACAUCCUCAGAUUUUAAAUCCUAAAAGUCCUAAAAGUAGUUAGAGAGAACCCAAUUAAGCAAAUGAGAAAAAUUAUUAUACUUGCACUUUUAUUUAUUGAGGCAAUAUUACAUAUCUGUGAGUGGUAAAAGUAUGUGAACCUUUUCUUGGAGUAUCUGGUGUGACUAAAGAUUUCUGGUAACUAUUGAUCAGUCUUGUACAUCGGCGUAGAGGAAUUUUUGCCCGUUCCUCGGAACAGCUUCAACUCUGGGAUUUUGGUGUUUCCUCUGUUGAACUGCUUGGUCUGCAGCGCAUUUAUUUAUAUAUAUUUUUUAAUCUUCUACAAAGCGCUUUACACUGUUUCUCAUUCACACACUCACACACCAAUGGUAGCAGAGCUGCCAUGCAAGGUGCCUGCCAUCGGGAGCAACUUGGGGUUCAGGACACUUGCCCAAGGACACUUUGGCAUGGAGUCAUGCAUGCCGGGAAUUGAACCGCCAACCCUGCGAUUAGUGGAUAACCUGCUUGCAUCAGGUCCUUCCACAAGGUCAGGACUUUGACUUGACCAUUCCCAAACAUUAACUUUAUUCUUCUUGAACCAUUCUUUGGUAAAAUGACUUGUGUGCUUAGGGUCGCUGUCUUGCUGCAUGACCCACUUUCUCUUGAGAUUCAGUUCAUGAACAGAUGUCCUGACAUUUUCCUUAAGAAUUCACUGUUCCAUCAACGAUGGCAAGUGAUCCUGGCCCAGAUGCAGCAAAACAGGCCCAAACCAUGAUACUACCAACAGCAUGUUUCACAGAUAAGGUUCUUAUGCUGGAACGCAGUGUUUUUCCUUUCUCCAAACAUAACACUUCUCAUUUAAACCAAAAAUUCUAAUUUGGUCUCAUCCAUCCACAAAACAUUUUUCCAGUAUCCUUCUGGCUUGCCCCAUGAUCUUUAACAAACUGAAGAAGGGCAUCAGUGUUCUUUUUGGAGAGCAGUGGCUUUCUCCUUGCAACCCUACCCUGCACACCAUUGUUGUUCAGUGUUCUCCUGAUGGCUAACAUUAGCCAAUGUGAGAGAGGCCUUUAGUUGCUUAGAAGUCACCCUGGUUGUGAAGAUCAGACUUUGAUAGAUCCCUGUUCUUUAAAUAAAACAGGGCGCUCACUCACACCAUUGAUUGAAAACAUCUGACUCUAAAUUCACCUUCAAAUUAAAUGCUAAUCCUAGAGGUUCACAUACUUACACCACUCACAGAUAUGUAAUAUUGGAUCAUUUUCCUCAAUAGAUAAAUGACAAAGUAUAACGUUUUUGUCUCAUUUGUUUAAUUGGGUUCUAUAUCUACUUUCAGGACUUGUGUGAAUAUGAUGUUCUAGGUCAUAUUUAUGCAGAAAUGUAGAAAAUUCUUAAGGGUUCACACACUUUCAAUCACUACUGUAUACAUGUGCUAGGGGGAGGGAAGGUUACUAACAUAUCUGAUGCAACUCUCAUGCCGAGUGUGCUUCCUCAGUGUAGUUUUCCCAGCAGCAUGGGUGGUAUUAUCAAUAUGUCUCUGGGUAGGAAGAGAGUGAUGACAGUUGAGGUCACGUGACUACAAUGUGCAUCAUGUACCCGGAAAAAUAGCCUACCCAGUGCAAGGAAAGGAAGACGUCGAUAUUCAUGGAUAUGAACGCUAAUAAUGCUCUUCUAAUGCUUACUACAGCGUUUACAGGCAGUUUCAUGUCUGGUUAUAUUAAACUGAGUUCUAGCUGUUUCUAAUGUAAAGAGAGGCCACAAUUUCUUAAAUUAAUUAAAACUAGCUAUUUCUUUAACAUUAAAAAGACAACCUUUACAAGCUGACAAACUUUUUAAAUGUAGGAAUGUUUUAUUACCGUGUGCUGUUAACCCGAAAUCGCUCACCGGUUUUAGGAAGCCCCGUAAAAGCUAAAGUUGCAUUACCAUGUUUAAUCCAUACUCUUUGAAAUGCCUUUGCUUGUUUUGAGUGGAAUGUUAGUGUGAGCUUCAGUUUUCAUUUUGAGAGCCCUGAACUGGGCAUCUGUCUAAAAGUGUACUGUUGGUUAUGUAUUUAUAAAGAAAGUCUGUCUGCUAUUGUGUUAACAUCCUCACUCUGUCCUUUCUUGAGUCAAUGUGCCUCUAAAUGGAAAAAAAAAACAAAA